AUGGGCGGGGCUUUCUCACUUGUGGGUGGAGCAUACUCACCUGUGGGCGGAGCAUACUCACCUGUGGGCGGAGCAUACUCACCUGUGGGCGGAGCAUACUCACCUGUGGGCAGGGCUGUGUUCCAGGCUCAGAGUGAAGUGGAACAGAAGCAGGAGCCGAGGAGACGACUGAGCCAGAAGGCGCCCUCCGCUAGUGCAGAAGUGCUUUAUGAGGACGCUCUGUUUUAUUUUGACGAAACACGAAAAUGGAGAGAGAGAUACGUGGUGACGAGGGCGAGCUACAGUCUGGAGCUGUACAAAGAUCUAGAGACGUACAUUAAUGGCGACCCUCCGCUGUACAGACUGCUGCCCACAGGGGGCGCCGUGUUCACCACAGAGGAGAGCUACAUGAAGCUGGUAGAUCUGAGCUACCCCGACGCUAGCAAUGUGAAGGAGGAGUUCGGGCCCCCAGGGGCCUCGUUACCGGGGCCGUUUCCUGUUUACCUGCGGUUACCGUAUCGACGGGACUCGUACUUCUGCUUCAAACAACAACAACGACAAGAAGCGUUUCUGAGCGCGCUCAGAAAGAGCAUCCACCACCAGAACAUAGAUUUCCUCCAGCAGGACUCCUGUGAGGUGAAGUCUUUCAUCAAAGCCGUUCAGUUUUACAGAGAAUCUGAAGGACACUACGAGAGCUGGGAGAAGAUGCAGGGCAGUGAUGUGCGCGUUCUGUCCAACGUGGUGAUGGUUCGAUUGCUGCCGACUCUGGAGAAAGACCUGCUCCCGAAGCUGAAGACCCGCAAGAACGAAAAGAAACGUCUGUGGUUCGCGACAGUGGAGGAGGUCUACAUCCUGGUCCAGAAGGUGCUCCUCGAUGGCCUGUCGCUGCUGAAGGAGCAGAUGAAGAACAGUUCGAGACAGAAGGACGUGAUGAUCCACUCAGACAUGGACCAGAUCCGGACCAGCAGAGACCAGAUGGAGCAGCGGGUCCGAGGUCUGGUUUCUGGUCCCCUGGAGGUCCUGGUCUCUCAGAAGGUCCAGCCGCACCUGGCCUCGGUCCUGGACCAUGUGAUGGGGUCGAUCAGCAGAGGCUUCAGACAAGGACGGGACGUUUGUGAGGAGACCAUGGAGCGAGCGGCGCAGGACGUGAUGACCAGCGACGCCAAGGUCCCAGACUCUUCAUCACUGUGUACUCCUCUUCAUCACUGUGUCCUCCUCUUCAUCACCGUGUCCUCCUCUUCAUCACCGUGUCCUCCUCUUCAUCACUGUGUCCUCCUCUUCAUCACCGUGUCCUCCUCUUCAUCACCGUGUCCUCCUCUUCAUCACUGUGUUCUCCUCUUCAUCACCGUGUCCUCCUCUUCAUCACCGUGUCCUCCUCUUCAUCACCGUGUCCUCCUCUUCAUCACUGUGUUCUCCUCUUCAUCACUGUGUUCUCCUCUUCAUCACCGUGUCCUCCUCUUCAUCACCGUGUCCUCCUCUUCAUCACUGUGUUCUCCUCUUCAUCACUGUGUCCUCCUCUUCAUCACUGUGUUCUCCUCUUCAUCACUGUGUCCUCCUCUUCAUCACUGUGUCCUCCUCUUCAUCACUGUGUUCUCCUCUUCAUCACUGUGUCCUCCUCUUCAUCACUGUGUCCUCCUCUUCAUCACCGUGUCCUCCUCUUCAUCACCGUGUCCUCCUCUUCAUCACCGUGUCCUCCUCUUCAUCACUGUGUCCUCCUCUUCAUCAGUCUCUGACCUCCUCUUCAUCACUCUAGAAACCUUUGGAUUCAAGGACGAGAGCGGAAUCGUCCACAGAGCUCAGGUCCAGCUGCAGCAGUUGAUGGAAAACGCUCUUCACACGUUUGAGAUUCUCUUGAAGAAAACUCUGGAGGAAACAGAAGAGGGUGCAGUCCCAAACUUAGAGAAGGCCCAGCACCGGGUCCUGCGGAACUUUGACUACGACAGCAGCUCAGUGAGGAAGAGGAGCUGCGAGGACGCCCUGCUGCGGAUCACUCUGCCCUUCAUCAAACACCAGCUGCAGCAGACCCACACACAGAUCCCGGACCUGUCGGACCUGGUGCUUCCCGAACACAGCGAAUUUGUCCAGAUAGAAAAUGUUUAUGAAGAUGUUCUCCUGAGCGUCCUCCGCAGUGAGAUCUCCAAAGUUCUGAAAGAAGCCGACACGUUACAGAAGCAUCACUUAUUCAGGGACAGCAGAGACCUCCUGUCGUCUGCUCCGUCAAGCCCCGCCUCCUCGCUCGCAUCAUCACCCAGCGUCUUCAGUCAAGAGACCACGCCCACCACGGAGACCACGCCCAUCACUGAGACCACGCCCCCAACAAAGACCACAGCCAUCACUGAGCCCACGAUCACCACACAGACCACGCCCUCAAAGGAGACCACAACCCCCACUGAGACCACUGCCCCAAUGGAGACCACGCCCAUCACUGAGACCACGCCCUUAAUUGAGAUCAUGCCCACCACUGAGACCACACCAUCAAAGGAGACCACGCCCACCACGGAGACCACGCCCAUCACUGAGACCACGCCCUUAAUUGAGAUCAUGCCCACCACUGAGACCACGCCCACCACUGAGACCACACCAUCAAAGGAGAGCACGCCCACCACCGAGACCACGCCCAUCACUGAGACCACGCCCUUAAUUGAGAUCAUGCCCACCACUGAGACCACGCCCACCACUGAGACCACACCAUCAAAGGCGAGCACGCCCACCACUGAGACCACGCCCACCACUGAGACCACACCAUCAAAGGAGAGCACGCCCACCACCGAGACCACGCCCACCACUGAGAUCACACCAUCAAAGGCGAGCACGCCCACCACUGAGACCACGCCCACCACUGAGACCACACCCUUAAUCGAGGUCAAGCCCAUAACUGAAUCGGGAGUCACACAAACUGUGGACGCCGGUGGAGACAAGAUGGACGCCGGCGAGGACAAGAUGGAUGCCGGCGAGGACAAGAUGGACGCCGGCGAGGACAAGAUGGACGCCGGCGAGGACAAGAUGGACGCCGGCGGAGACAAGAUGGACGCCGGCGGAGAGAAGAUGGACACUGAAGUGGAAAGCAACUCAAAUCCUCAAAGUGACACUGACGCGGGGCAGGUGGAGGAGCAGGUCGGCGAUGUUUUAGAAGAAACAGGAAGUGAAACUCAAGUAAAAUCUGCAAAAAACAAAAUGGAAGAACAUGCGGCAGAGACAAUAGUCACGGAAACUUCACACCACGUCACGGACCCGACGGCGAAACAGGAGCGGAGCGCAGAAAGUCGACUUCAGGACAAAAUGGUGGAAAACAUCAUGGCUGAAGUGGUGGCCGCGGCGCCCUCUGGUGGUGACAGCGACAGUGACGAGGAAGGCUCCACCACAUCUGACAACCUGGAGGAAAACAGCCAAUCACAGCUCAGCUCGGAGGAAGAGGCCGACCAAUCAGAGAGGAGCAGGGCGGAGCCAGAGAGCGAGGAGCAGUGCCACCUACAGGCUGAAGAGGAGCAGACGCAGGAGAAGGAGGAAGAGCAGCAAGAGGAGCAGCAGCAGGAGAAGGAGGAAGAGCAGCAAGAGGAGCAGCAGCAGGAGGACCCCCCUGUGGACAGACCUAUGGGCUGCAUCAUGGAGAACCGGGACCUGGUCCAGGAGGUGAUUGAAGUGGAAGAUCUAGUGCAGAGGUUUCCUGAAGGAGUCCCACUGAACCAGGACUGA